CGAUUUCUAUGAACUGUCAAAAGACAAAAAUUUUCAACUUAUUCAUUGGAAUAUUUGAAAUCAUCAAUAUUUUUUCGAAUGAUUGAUAUUUGAAAGAUUCAAAAUCGAAAAUUUAUACUUUGAAUAUCUCAUAUCAAAAUGGUUUGCGAUAAAUGUGAAAAAAAGUUAGGUAAAGUUAUUACACCUGAUCCAUGGAAAGCUGGUGCUAGAAAUACUGUGGAAAGCGGUGGUAGAAAAGUUAAUGAAAAUAAGGCAGUUACAGCUAGUAAAAACAGAUUUAAUCCAUAUACCUCCAAAUUUGAAUGCUGUCGAAUAUGCAGACAAAAAGUUCAUCAGUUGGGUUCGCAUUAUUGUCAAUCGUGUGCUUACAAGAAAGGUAUCUGUGCAAUGUGUGGUAAAAAAAUGUUAAAUACUAAGAAUUAUAAACAAUCAGCUGCAUAAUAUCAAAUAACUAGUUUAUAUCUUGAUUUUGUUAACGAACUUAAUUAUUUUAAGCCAUAUUGAUUUUUAAUAUGAUUCUAUGAAUCGAACUAAUUAUGCAUAAAAAAUUUAUGUAAUAAGGAUAAUUUUUAUUACUUUUGUGCCUCGGUACUUAAGAAACUGUGUGACAUGCUGCCUAAUUGUUGUGGCGGUAAGGUGACAUAAUAUCUUAAGCGUACCAUCUGUCUUCUUUUUUUAGUUUGAUAAAUCACAAAAACAAAACCAAAAAUUUAAUCAGAAAAAAUAGCUGUAUAAGAAAUGUCACCAUUUCUUGAGAUCUACUAAUAACUAAUAAUAUCGCGUAGAACAUUUAUCUUUUUAAUUUUUACUGUAGAUUUUAUACGAUUUCAGCUUUAAUGUCCCAGUACGGCCCAGAAAAUACUAAUUAUAAUAUCAGGAUUUACAAAAGAUCAGGGUUAUAAUUGGGGCUUUUUAAUUUAACGAUAGCCUUUUGACUUUUAAUGUGUUUUCGAUCAUUCAAUAGCUGGAUCCUAGUUAUUCUGUUAAAUACAUAAGGUUGUCCUAAAACAAUAAUUAAUUAGCAUGUGUUUAGCAAGUUAUCAGAAAUCACUAAAGGUAAAUAAAUUUUUUGAAAAACUACUCUUAGUUUUAAUUGUGGCAUUUACAACUAACGAGGUUUUUUAAGAUAUUUUGUUCCAAAAAUGAUUGUUCACAUGAUUUUUAUUUUUUUCCAACACGCGUAACAUGUUUUUCUGAAAAAAACAAGUGUCCCUGGGAUUAGGAUAAAAGAGCCAUUUAUUUGAAAAAAACA